AUGGAAGACAACGAAAACUACUACUAUUGUUACGAUUACUACUACGACGACGACGAGAGGGAUUUUCRUCCGGAUUUUCCUGGAGGACGCUGCUGGGAACCGGUCGCGGAGCCGGUCGUCCUGCAGGAUUCAGCCGGACAGGUUGCCGGCGACGGACUUCCGGCAGUCGAAAACCACAGAGAUAACGAGCAUACCAUAAAAAGUCGAAAAUCUCGAACAGCAUUUACGAAAUAUCAAUUGGGGUGGCUAGAGGAAGAGUUUGAAAAGUGCAAGUACUUGACUCGGUUAAGGCGAUACGAAGUGGCUCUAAUACUUGGUCUCACAGAACGACAAGUAAAAGUGUGGUUCCAAAAUAGACGUAUGAAGAAAAAAAGACUGAACGAGGAAUCCAUUUACGGAUAA